UCUCUCUCUCUCUCUCUCUCUCUCUCUCUCUCUCUCUCUCUCUCUCUCUCUCUCUGUAUAUAUCUGGCCUUCCUCAGUCUCUCGUCAGAAUUCGUUGUGCAAGGUUGUCUCCUCAGCUGAUAUCCCCAGUGAUGAUGUGGUUGGAGCUGGUGGCGGUGGUGGUGGUGGUGGUGGCCGCGGUGUGGGCCUACAACAAGCACAAGUUCAGGUACUGGGAGGCCCGCGGCGUGCCCUCAGCUCCCUCGCCUGCCCUCCUGAUGGGCCACCUACACAAGCUCGUCAGCAAAGAGAAGCAUAGUUGGAUAUACAUUGAUGAGCUGUACCGGAAGCACGGCGCCGACAAAAUGAUGGGCUAUUUCGAACUUCUGUCACCUCGCCUGAUGGUGGGUGACCUCGAGCUGCUGAAGGGCGUGCUGGUGAGGGACUUCGACCACUUCGUUGACCGCCGCACCGUCAAAUUCACCACAGAACAAGACAAGAUCUACAACGAGAUCCUGACCAUGACCACAGGCGACCACUGGAAGGGGAUCAGGUCCGUUCUGUCGCCCUCCUUCACCUCGGGACGGCUCAAGAACAUGUUCCCGCUGGUUGAGGAGAAAGCCGACGCGUUGGUCUCUCACAUACACCGCCAGAUCAAAACAGAGCCGUCGGUGAAGCUGAAAGAGACCUUCGGACUGUACGCUCUGGAAGUGAUUUCGUCCUGCGCCUUCGGCAUGGAGACCAACACGCUCUCUGACGGCAGCUCGGUCUUCAACGAUAAAGUUCAGAAAAUGACCACGUCGUCAUUGUGGGCCUUGAUCAAGUGUUUUUUCUUUCUUAUCUUUCCUUGGGUGUUCAGAAUGCUGAAGAUUAAUAUGUCGAAUCCGGAGACGGUAUUCUUCCAGCGCGUGGUGGAGGAGACCAUCAGGAAGCGGGAGGAGGGCGGCGCGCGGGGAGACUUCCUGGAUCUGAUGAUGGAGGCACGCCGGGAGCAGAGAGACCCCAGCGCCAAGACGCCCAAGUACGCCCUGGAGAACAAGACGGUGGUGGCCAACUCGCUGCUGUUCAUCCUGGCCGGCUACGACACCACCACCACCACCCUCUCCUUCGUGGCGUUCCACCUGGCCAGGCACAAGACCUACCAGGACCAGGUGAGGCAGGAACUGCUCGCCCUCGUCAAGGAGCACGGGACGCUCACCUACCAGGGCGUGAUGGAGGCGCGGAUGCUGGACGCCGUCAUCUCAGAGAGUCUUCGUAUGAACCCUCCGGCUUCAGCCACCGAACGUGUGUGUACCAAAGAAUACAGGAUCCCGAACAGUAACGUCACCCUGCCGGUCGGGGCCUUGGUGGCCGUGCCCUUCUGGUCCCUGCACCACGACCCGCGGUACUGGGAGCAGCCCGGCAGCUUCAUCCCCGAGCGGUUCCUUCCCGAGAACAAGGACAAGAUAGUCUACGGAACCUACAUGCCCUUCGGACUCGGCCCCAGGAACUGCAUUGGCAUGCGGUUCGCCCUCAUGGAAGUCAAGCUCGCCCUCGCCAAGCUCCUCCUCUCCUUCGAGCUGUCGUGCGUACCUGGCGAAGGUGAGAUCAGGUAUGACCCCGCGCCCGGCCUGAUGAAGCUUGUAGCCGACACCAGACUCACCUUCACACCUGUGGCCUGAUGAGGAGCACAGGUACACCGGGAGGAACGGAAAGGGAAAGUGACUGAGUGGAGGGAAAGACAGAAGUGAGGAAAAACAUAAAACAAGAACAUCAAAAAAGUAUGAGAAGAAGAGGAAAGGGAGGAAUGGAGGUAAAGGAAGAGGAAAGCAUGAGAUGAAUGAGGAAGUAGAAAUGAGAUAGAAAUUAGGUGAAUGAAGAGGGUAGAAGAAGGGAGGAAGAGGAAGGAAAGGAAGGAAUAAAGUGAAAUUAAAAAUAAAGAAAAAGAACAAAACAAGAGAAGUAAAAGAGAAGAAAGGAAGGAAAAGUAAAGAAAAUGAAGAAACACAAGAGGAAGAAAAUGGAGGAAUAGAGAAAUAAGGUAGAAGAGAUAAAAAGAGAAGGAAGGAAGAAUAUAAGGGUUAAUUAGAAAAGGGAUCAGGGAGCAAGGGGCGCAGACAGGUAUGGGAAAGGUAAACAGGUGUAAUGAGACGUUGAUUGGGAAGGUGUGGAGGAGGUAUGUGGACAGGUGUGUAGACAGGUGUGUGGGGGAGAGCAUUAGAAGGAAACAGGUGUGACAUGUGUGGAAAUGGAAGGUAAAUAAAGGCAAAUAGACAGUCGGAAAUAUAGAUAGACAGAAACAAACAUACAAAUCAAAUAGACAGAUUUUUUUUUUAUUACAGCAAAGGAGUUCGUUCAAGGGCAUAAAAAAGGAAACUAAUGAAAAAAAAAAAGCCCGCUACUAACUCCUCCCAAAAAGAGUUAGAGGAAUGGCCGAAAGAUAGGUCAAUUUAGGGGUUACCAGAGAGACAGACAGACACAAACAGAUAGACAGAUAGGAAGACAGAUAGACAAACAAACAAUCGUGAUACAGACAGAUUAUUUAAAGACAGACAGACAGAUAAAUACUUAUAUAAAUAGAAAAAGUUGACGAUUGGAUAAACAGACAAGACAGACAAAAGAAUGGUCAUAUAGACAGACAGACAGACAGACGUGCACAGAAAGACAGAUAUAGAGUCAGACAGAGAAACAGACAGACAGGCAGAUUCAUAGACAUACAUAUAAACUGACAGAAAAAAUUAUAUACAGACAAACAGACAUACAGACAGACAGACAUAAACGAACAAGCAGAAAAGCCAUGCAGUAAAAUCUUUGAACACAAAAUUAUAAGUAGUCGAUAGCAGGAGUCUGUGAUAGUAGUAGUAGUAGUAGUAGUAGUAGUAGUAGAAGUAGUAGUGUGUUAGUGAUAGGGAGAAAGGGGGAUUAGGAGAGACAACUAGGAAGAGAAAUAUAGAAGAAAAUAGAAGAGGAGAAAAGAAGGAUAAAGAUGAAAAAAAGGAAAAUGAGGAGAAGAACCAGGAGGGGAAACAAAGAAGACUAAGGAUUGGCUGAUUGAAAAGUGAAGAAGGAAAGAAUAAAAGGGAAAAUUUUCUGCCCCGAGUGAAAUAAUGAAAGAAAAACUACCAAAAACAACAACUCAAUAGCAAAGAAAUGAAAAUUAGAAUAUCUGUCAGUCAAUAAGUAAAUUUAACAAAAUGUGAAUGAAUAAAGAAUAAAUGUAAGUGAAAUAUAUAA